UUUUUAGUAAUUUUUUAUGGGAUAUGAGGGAAUUUCUAUAAUCUUAGAAACUUUAUUGAAUGUUUAUGUUUUUUCCCCCUUGUUUCUUCAUGAAACUUGACGAAAGUUGUAUAUUUUUAUCUGGGUUUCUCCAAAGCUUAAGACUUUCGUAACCAUGCUCAGAGUUUUCCUGUAUAUAUGCGAUCUUUUUGAUACUCUUAAAGCAGAGAGCUGAGCUGAGUAGACAGACAUUCUGGCAAUGGGAGACUUGAAUCAACAGGCUUCAACUGAUCUAGUCGACCAGAGAAAGGGUGAAUAUUUGCUUAUCAGAGAUGCAGAAGAUGGCCAGUUGGGCAGGUUUGACAAACCCCUUCCUUGCUUUGGUUGUGGAAUUGGAUGGUUUUCUCUUCUUCUUGGAUUUGUAUGUCCUUUUAUGUGGUACUAUGCAGCAAUCCUUUACUUCAGGAAGUAUUAUCACAAGGACCCAAGGGAGCGAUCUGGACUUGCUGCUUCAGCAAUAGCUGCUUUGAUAUGUACAAUAGUUGUGGUGAUAAUUGUAGGCAUAGUAUUAUUAUAAACCUCCUGACAACACCUCUCUCAAUCUCGCACAUCUCAAACCACCUUCUUUGGCGAUGAAGCUGGAUGAUGGAAGAACUCUACUUUCAGUAUGUUUCAGCCAUGUGAAAACCUGAGGUUGGCCCCUCUCUUUAGCCUUGUACGUAUACAUGUUGUGUAUUAUAGAAGCUUCAACAUCACAGCUGUGGGAUACCCUUGGCUGUGAAGAAUUGUACAGCAAACAUUGCAUAUGAAAAUGUAAGUCUUGCCUGACUUUGUUGGCUCA